UGUUUAGACUGAACAUCGACAAAAGCAAUUACAACCCAAACAUGGCUGGCAAGUUCGAUUCUGGAAAGACAAAUGAUGAUGAGGUGAGGAUUGUGAUGGUGGGGAAGACUGGAAUUGGAAAGAGUGCUACUGGAAACACCAUUCUGGGUCGUGGGUGCUUUGAAUCCAAGUUCAGUCCCGUGUCUAUGACUGUAGAAUCUUCUAAAGGAAAAGCCAAAGUGGAUGGACAUCGUGUUGCUGUCAUUGACACCCCAGGCCUGUUUGAUACCAGGGUUGAUGAAGAGGAAACUCAGAAAAAUAUAUGCCAGUGCAUCUCCUAUGCUUCUCCAGGACCCCAUAUCUUCUUGGUGGUCAUCAAACUGGGCAGAUACACUGAAGAGGAAAAACAGACGGUGCAAAAGAUUCAAAAAAUCUUUGGCACUGAUGCAGACAAAUACAGCAUGGUUCUCUUUACCCAUGGGGACCUACUUGAAGGCACCACUAUUGAAGAGUUCUUAGAAGAAAGUCCAGACCUGCAGGAACUCGUAGCCAGAUGUAACGGUCAGUACCACGUCUUCAACAAUAAACUGAAGGAGCGCUCUCAGGUCACUGAGCUGCUCCAGAAGAUCAGAGAGAUAGUCCAGAAGAACGGAGGAAGCCACUACACCAACGAGAUGUUCCAAGAGGCUGAGAGGGCGAUUGAAGAGGAGAAACAACGCAUCCUGAGAGAGAAAGAAAAAGAAAUACAGAAAGAAAAAGAGAAAAUGGAGAGAGAAAUACGGGAAAGAUAUGAGAAACAGAUGCAGAAAUACAACGAAAAACUCCAGGCUGAGAGAGAGAGGGAGAGGAAGGAGAGAGAGGAGGAGAGGAAGAGGGAGAGGGAGGAGAGAGAGGCAGAAAGGAAGAGAGAGGAGAGAGAAUGGGAGAUGAAGAAAUUAAAGGAGAAGUGUGAGAGAGAAGUGGAGGAAGAAAGACGCAAGAUUCAGUCCAGAUAUGAAAAUGAAGCCAGAAAUGAAGCUGAGGAGUUUAAUCCAUUAUUUUUUCUGACAGUACCUGGUGAAACCAUACUUAAUAUUGGCCAUGCAGUGGUUGGAGGAGUUAAAAAAGUUGGGAAGAUGUUAAAAACCACUUUUACACUCAACUACACAGAUUUCUACACAAAUGAUGAGGUCAGGAUUGUGAUGGUGGGGAAGACUGGACUUGGGAAGAGUGCUACUGGAAACACUAUUCUGGGCCGUGAGUGCUUUGAAUCCAAGUUCAGUGCCAAAUCUAUGACUGUAGAAACUUCCAAAGGAAAAGCUUCAGUGGAUGGACAUCGCGUUGCUGUCAUUGACACCCCGGGGCUGUUUGAUACCAGGGUUGAUGAAGAGGAAACUCAGAAAAAUAUAUGCGAGUGCAUCUCCUAUGCUUCUCCAGGACCCCAUAUCUUCUUGGUGGUCGUCAGACUGGGCAGAUUCACUGAAGAGGAAAAACAGACGGUGCAAAAGAUUCAAAAAAUCUUUGGCACUGAUGUGGACAAAUACAGCAUGGUUCUCUUUACCCAUGGGGACCAACUUGAAGGAAUCACUAUUGAAGAGUUCUUAGAAGAAAGCUCAGACCUGCAGGAACUCGUAGCCAGAUGUAACGGUCAGUACCACGUCUUCAAUAAUAAACUCAAGGAGCGCUCUCAGGUCACUGAGCUGCUCCAGAAGAUCAGAGAGAUAGUCCAGAAGAACGGAGGAAGCCACUACACCAACGAGAUGUUCCAAGAGGCUGAGAGGGCGGUUCAAGAGGAGAAAGAACGCAUCCUGAGAGAGAAAGAAGAAGAAAUACAGAAAGAAAAAGAGAAAAUGGAGAGAGAAAUAGAGGAAAGAUAUGAGAAAGAGAUGCAGAAAUACAACGAACAACUCCAGGCUGAGAGAGAGAGAGAGAUGAAGGAGAGAGAGGAGGAGAGGAAGAGAGAGAGGAAGAGGUUGAAUGAGGAGAGAAAGAGAGAGAUGGAGGAGAGAGAGGCAGAGAGGAAGAGAGAGAGAGAGAAGAGAGAAUGGGAGAUGAAGAAGUUAAAGGAGAAGUGUGAGAGAGAAGUGGAGGAAGAAAGACACAAGAUUCAGUCCAGAUAUGAAAAUGAAGCCAGAAAUGAAGCUGAGGAGUUUAAUCCAUUAUUUUUUCUGACAGUACCUGCUGAAACCGUACUUAAUGUUGGCCAUGCAGUGGUUGGAGGAGUUAAAAAACUUGGAACUGGCAUUAGGAAUAUAUUAAAAUUGCCUUUUAACUUGUGA